CUUUUCAGAUACUUUGGUUUUUUUUAUUUUAGCAUUAAUAUAAUUUUUUCAACAUGCAAAACCAUGUGGUAUAAAUGGGUAAUGAUAAAAAUCAUAUAUUUAGAAAUUAUAUCAUGUACGAAACAAAAAUGAUAAAAAUCUUUCAUUUUAUCAUUGGAUGGUCAUUUUGGGAGGGAGGAGUAGAGACCUAAUUCAAACCGUUUCUUUCCUUCUUCUUCCUCAUUAUUUUCUUCUUCGCCUUCUCAGCGCCUACUUUCCCGCCAUCUCACAUCACUCCGCAGAAGAGCAGACCUUUCAACAAAUAUGGGCCGAGACAACCCGCCGGCGGAGCAAGCCCAAGUCCUGCUCCGAACCCGAAUUUGCAACCCGAGUUUCGUCUUCACUCUUCUUCCCGAUUCACCGGACAGCAAUUACAGCAAAUUGAAGUACAUAGUAUCUAGCUCAGUCACCGAAGGCUGUAACAGUUCGGUUUUGCUUCUUGGUCCCCGUGGGUGCGGUAAAAUCGCGGUUCUGGAGCUUGUUCUUGAGGCAUUACUAAAUGAGUUUCCAGAUAUGAUCUCAGUGAUUAAGCUCAAUGGACUGUUACAUAGCGAUGACAAUUGUGCCUUAAAGGAGAUUGCAAGGCAAUUAUGUUUGGAACAUCAGUUGCUUUUCUCAAAAAUGGCAUCAUCUGAUGAUAACACUCGGUUCUUGAUAGCGAUUUUAAGGGAGUGCGGAUUGGCUCAUAAAACAGUUAUAUUUGUACUAGAUGAGUUUGACCUUUUUGCACAGGGUAAACAACGGUUACUUUAUAGUUUGUUAGAUGCAAUGCAAUCUGUGACAUCACAAGCUGUGGUUAUUGGUGUCAGUUGCCGGUUGGAUGCUGAUCAACUCCUAGAGAAAAGAGUAAGGUCUCGUUUCUCACAUAGGAAACUAUUGUUUUUGCCUCCAUCAAGGGAAGUUUUGGACCGAAUUUUGGAGCAGAUUUUGCAGUUGCCGAAGGACACCGGCCUUCCUACUAAAUAUGUAGAUGCUUUCAACACCAAACUUCUUAGUAUUUUAUCAGAUCGCACAUUCAAAGACAUUAUUGAUUCGCUGUGCUUCUCUGACUCAACAUUCAACCAACUUUUAAAAUUCUUGUUCUCUGCUGUGUCUCAAAUGGAUAUGAAAUCUGGUUUGUUAUCAAUUGAGAACUUUAGAACUGCACUCUCAAAUACCCAAAGGCAACCCAAAUUGGAGUGUUUGAAAGAUUGCUCUAUUUUGGAGCUGUAUAUUCUUGUUUGCAUGAGAAAGUUGGAAGUCAAUCAGCAAGAGUCUUGCAACUUCAACUCCAUCAUGAAAGAGUACAAGAACAUUCAUGAUACUUCCCACACUUCUGAUUAUUAUGCUAGGAAUGUAUGCCUGCGGGCAUUCGAGCACCUGGUUCAGCGCGAGCUGAUCUCCUUCACCGGGAACAGGGGCCAAAACCAGUCUAUCGAAUUCCGGCCAGUAAAGCUUCUGAUCUCCUUCCAUGAACUCCAACAAGGACUCAAAUCUUAUCCUUCUUGUCCUCUGCCUCUUCUUAGGUCAUUGUAAAUUGUUGUAAUGGGUCACUUGUGUUUACUUUUGUGUUUAAGUGGGGGGUCUCUUAGAAAGAGUAUCCCUUAAUCCAAGUAAGGGCAACAGACCCUCCUCAUACCCCACUCUUUAAGUUGGGAGUCUCUUAGAAACAGUCUUCCUAAAUCUAAGUAAGGGUAACCACCCAACUCUUGUAUGGUU